AUGACCCUCCGGUUUUUGCUUCUGACCUGCCUUUUCCUGCGCAUCUCUGAUUCCUAUGAGUUCUUCACCAAAGCAAAUUAUUCUAGAAGCUAUCCUUGUGAUGAGAGAAGACAAAAUGGCUCUGUUAUAGCAGAGUGCAACAGCCGUCGACUGCAAGAAGUUCCCCAAACAGUGGGCAAGUAUGUGACAGAACUAGACCUGUCUGAUAAUUACAUCACACACAUAACAAAUGAAUCAUUUCAAGGGCUGCAGAAUCUUACUAAAAUAAAUCUAAACCACAAUGCCAACCCACAACACCUGAAUGAAAAUCCUGAUACAAACAAAAAUGGCAUGAAUAUCACAGAUGGGGCGUUCCUCAACCUACAAAACCUAAACCAGUUACUGCUUGAAGACAACCAGUUAUACCAAAUACCUGCUGUUUUGCCAGGGUCUUUGAAGGAACUUAGUCUAAUUCAAAACAACAUAAUUUGGGUAACUAAAAAGAACACUUCUGGGCUUACGAAUCUGGAAAGGCUCUACUUGAGCUGGAACUGCUAUUUUGGCAAUAAUUGUGAUAAUAAAACUUUCGACAUAGAAGACGGAACGUUUGCAAGUCUUACGAAUUUGAAGGUGCUGUCACUGUCUUUUAAUAAGCUUGUCCAUGUGCCACCUAAACUGCCAGACUCCUUAAGAGAACUUUAUCUUAGCAAUGCCAAGAUUAAAAUCAUCAGUCAGGAAGAUUUCAAGGGAUUGAGAAAUUUAAGAGUGCUAGAUUUAAGCGGGAACUGUCCGAGGUGUUUCAACGCCCCAUUUCCCUGUACACCGUGUGAAGGAGGUUCUUCAAUUCAGAUCCAUCCUCUUGCUUUUCAAACCCUGACAGAACUUCGCUACCUGAACCUCUCUAGCACUUCCCUCCGGAAGAUUCCGGCAACGUGGUUUGAGAAUAUGCAUAAUCUGAAGGUGCUGCAUCUGGAAUUCAAUUAUUUAGUUGACGAGAUGGCCUCUGGGGAAUUUUUAACAAAACUGCCCUCCUUGGAAAUUCUUGACUUAUCUUUUAACUACGUAAAGGCGAAAUAUCCAAAAUAUAUUAAUAUUUCCCGAAACUUCUCUAAUCUUAAGUUGCUCCAGGCAUUGCACUUAAGAGGUUAUGUGUUCCAGGAACUUAGAGCAGAAGACUUCCAGCCCCUGAUGAGUCUCUCAAAUCUAAAGACUAUCAACUUGGGUGUCAACUUUAUUAAGCAAAUCAAUUUUACACUUUUCCGUAAUUUCUCCAACCUGACGAUCAUUUACUUGUCAGAAAACAGAAUAUCACCCUUGGUAAAUGAUAUCCAGCAAAAUGACCUAAGUGGUUCCUCUUCUCCAAGUCAUGUCCUUAAGCCACGCUCAGCGGAUGUUGAGUUUGACCCACAUUCAAAUUUUUAUCAUAACACCAAUCCUUUAAUAAGGCCACAAUGUUCAGUUUAUGGCAAAGCCUUAGAUUUAAGCCUGAACAGUAUUUUCUUCAUUGGGCGAGAGCAAUUUGAAGCUUUUCAUGACAUCGCCUGCUUAAAUCUGUCUUCAAAUGGCAACGGUCAAGUGCUACAUGGGACUGAAUUUUCAGCCGUGCCGCAUAUCAAAUAUUUGGAUCUGACAAACAAUAGACUAGACUUUGACGAUGACAACGCUCUCAGUGAUCUGCCCGAGUUAGAAGUUCUAGAUCUCAGCUACAAUGCACACUACUUCCGAAUAGCAGGGGUGACGCACCGCCUGGGAUUUAUUCAAAAUUUAACACAACUGAAAGUUUUAAACUUGAGCCACAACAGCAUUUAUACUUUAACGGAGCAAGACCUGAAAAGCAUGUCCCUGGAAGAAUUAGUUUUCAGUGGAAACCGCCUUGACAUUUUGUGGAAUGCUGAAGGUGACAAGUACUGGAAAAUUUUUACAAGUCUCAGGAAUCUGACACGGCUCGAUUUAUCCUUGAAUAACCUUAGGCGCAUCCCAAACGAAGCUUUCCUGAACUUGCCCCAGAGUCUCACCCAACUCUACAUAAAUGAUAACGUGUUAAAUUUCUUUAACUGGACAUUACUCCAACAGUUUCCACAUCUCCAGGUGCUGGACUUGAGUGGAAACAGGCUAUCCUCUAUAACUAACAGCCUCUCCAAAUUCACACCUUCCCUGCGGACGCUGCUACUGCAUCGAAACAGGAUUUCUCACCUGCCCUCCAGCUUUCUUUCCGAAGCCAGCGGUCUGGUCCACCUUGAUUUGAGUUCCAACCUGCUGAAGAUGAUCAACAAAUCCACGCUUCAAACUAAGACCAACACCAGUUUAACCAUUUUGGAACUAGGUAGAAACCCUUUUGACUGUACCUGUGACAUUGGAGAUUUUCGAAGAUGGAUGGAUGAAAAUCUGAAUGUCACAAUCCCUAGGUUGACAGACAUCGUCUGCUCUAGUCCUGGGGAUCAAAGAGGGAAGAGCAUCAUGAGUCUGGAGCUAACAACUUGUAUUUCAGAUACCAUUGCGGCGGUGCUCUGUUUCUUCACGUCCUUAAUCACCAUCACUGUGAUGCUGGCUGCCUUGGGUCACCACUGGUUUUACUGGGAUGUUUGGUUUAUCUAUCAUGUGUGUUUAGCUAAGGUAAAAGGCUACAGGUCUCUUUCCACAUCCCAAACUUUCUACGAUGCCUACGUUUCUUAUGACACCAAAGAUGCCUCUGUUACCGACUGGGUGAUAAAUGAGCUGCGCUUCCACCUAGAGGAGAGUGAAGGGAAAAAUGUGCUCCUCUGUUUAGAGGAGAGGGACUGGGACCCCGGAUUAGCCAUCAUCGAUAACCUCAUGCAGAGCAUAAACCAAAGCAAGAAAACCAUAUUCGUCUUAACCAAAGAAUAUGCCCAAAACUGGAACUUUAAAACGGCAUUCUACUUGGCCUUGCAGCGGCUCAUGGAUGAGAAUAUGGAUGUGAUUAUAUUUAUUCUGCUGGAGCCAGUGUUACAGCAUUCUCAGUAUUUGAGGCUGCGGCAGAGGAUCUGCAAGAGCUCCAUCCUUCAGUGGCCGGACAACCCCAAGGCGGAAGGCCUGUUUUGGCAAAGUCUGAAAAAUGUGGUCUUAACUGAAAACAAUUCCCGGUAUAACAAUUUGUAUGUUGAUUCCAUUAGACAGUACUAA